AUGUCGUAUUAUGUUUUGGAUCGGGACAGUAAGAUCAGAAAUGAGGUCUUGCACAUUGGCCACAGGCAGGGUAUUUGUGCACCAAAAAGUUUUCACCCACAGAUCAAGUGGUUUCAAGAAGAAGAGUCAGUCACUCUUAAAAUAAAGCUUACCAACCCCAUGAUGCAGAAGUGUGAAUUCUUCUCUGACAGAGUGCUUUACAGUGCAUAUGUAAACACCCACCAUUACUCUGCCAGUCUGGAGCUGUACAAUGACAUCAGCCCAGAGCAGUGUUCAUGGAAAAUGGAAUGCAAUGAACCAGUAAUCAAAUUGGCGAAGAAAGAGAAAGGAGAGUGGCAGUCACUACUUAACUACAAAAGUGCUUUUGUAAGCUAUGAUUUUGACCACAUUGAAGUUGAAGAAAUUUCUCCCUCCAAUGGAUGUUGGUUCGUGGGGAACACAGGAGACGAGAUGCUACAGGAGCUUAGAGAGUGGGAGUGAGAGCAACUGAACAGACUGAAAAUGGGUUAUACACCUACAGUGCAUAUAAACAAAAAUCUACACCCCCUGUUAAAUUUGCAAACUCUUGUGACAUAGAAAAAAAAUAAGAGAGCAAGAUCAAUCACAUCAGAUCUUUUCCCACCUUUCCACCUGAUAUAACAACCAACAAAAUUGAGAAAUUUUUAUGGGGGGGAAAAAGGAGAGACAAAAAAACUUACAAUAACCUGUUGGCAAAAGUGUGCACACCCCUUAUCUAAUACAGUCCCCAAUGAAAGUACUGAAACGGUAAGGCCAGUUCUAUUAUUUUUGAUGUACACUGAAGACAUUUGGUUUUGAGAUUGAAAGAUGAAUAUGAGACAAUAGAUCAGAAUUUCAGUUUUCAUUUCCUGAUAUUUACAUCUAGAUGUGUAAAUAUCCUUUGGCCCAAUUUUUGGAUAAGAGUAUCAGCGAGGCACAGCUAGACUUGGCAGUAUUUUCUCACUCUUUCUUCCAAAAACAUUCUCAAUCUGUCAAAUUGUAAGGGCAUCUCCUGUGCACAGCUCACCACACAGAUUUUAGUUGGAUUCAGGUCUGAGCUCUGGCUAGGUCAUUCUAAAACAUUGAUCGUCUUUGGGUUAAGCCAUUCAUCUGUUGCUUUGGAUGUAUGCUUUGGGUCAAUGUCGUACUGAAAGGUGAAAUUCCUUUUCAUCUUCAGCUUAGUAGCAGACACAUGAAUGUUUUGCACUAAAAUCAGCUGGUUUUUGUAGCUAUUCAUGAUUCCCUCCACCUUGAUAAAAGCCCCAAUUCUGGCUAAAGAAAAGCAGCCCUAAAGCAUGAUGCUGCCACCACCAUCCUGCACCGUGGAUAUUGUGUUCUUUUGUUGAUGUGCUUUAUUUUUGUUUUUUGGGGGUUUGUUUGUUUUUUUGCACCAAGCAUACUUUUUGGACUUAUGUAAUUAUACCUUUUGGAAUUGGUCUCAUCAGACACUCAGUGCGUUUACAUGGACAACAAUAAUCCAACAUUUACCCCCGAUUAAGACAAUACCAUGUAAACAGCAGUUUUUAAUGACCUUAAUCUGAUUAAGGUCAUACUUGAAGUAAACACAAAUCGAAUUAAGAUAUGUGGAGUACUCCUGUUUUAGUCACAUUAUCGACGUGUACUACAGACAUGUAAACACCUUAAUCACAUUAUUAACGUCGUGUGAGUUUUUACCGCAUUUUGAGACAGGACACAAUAACACACGGCAGUGCUCAACCGUUUUACGGCAAACAAUAAAGCACGGCUGCGUCCCAAAGAGCUUCCAUCUAGCCACCCUACCCCAUACAUGAAGACUACGAGAGAUUGUCACUUGCAGAGAGCAGUCAGUACUUGGGUAUGAUGUUCUUUGACUUGAUUUUGUGCUCAAAAAGUUGAGACCAUAUCAUUUAGUUGGGCUUGAAUGUUUUGCACAGGGAGCGUUGAGCACUGUAGGUCUCUUGGCAGCCUCCCUGAUAAGUUUUCUUCUUGUCAUUUGUCAGUUUUGGAGGACUUCCUGUUCUUGGUAAUGAUACUGUGGUUGCACAUUUUCUCCACUUGUUGUAGAUGUUCUUCAGUGUUCUUUAACCCCUGGAUGCUCGCCCGGGUUUUUUACUUUGUGGCAAAUAAACAAAUCACGGAUAUGACACAGAACUAUUUUUGUUUAAUAGCUGAAUAUUCUGGUUUCAUGAAACAUACCUCAAACAAAUUAAAUUAAAUAAUUUUAAUUAAUGACAUUGUUUUCCAGAACAAGUAGAGGAAAAAAUUGUGGAAUCAACAAAAAAAAUCAGUUAGUACUUUGUUGCUCCUCCUCAGGAUUUAAUGAUGACUUGAUUUUAAUGAUGGCCUGAAUUCUUUAAGGCAUAGACUUCUCUAAUGAAAAAUUAUAUAUCAAGCUAUAUUAUCCAUCAAGCUGGUUCCAACUUUCUCAAAUAGCAUUUGAUAGAUCAGCUUUGCAGGAUGGAGCCUUGUCCUGGACCAAUUUAUAAAAUUUCCACCAUAAAUCUUUAAUGGGAUUGAGGUCUAGACUGUUUGCUGGCCAUGUCAUUGAGUUGAUCUGCCUUUCCUGAAGAAAAGCUUUAACACCCUUGUUAAAAUGUCUUGUUAAAACCUAUGUAUUGACUGUUGAGGUCUCCCCUGUUCCUUUACCUGACAUGCAACCCCAUAUCAUUAAUGAGUGGGGAAUUUGAUUGUUUUCUUCAGGCAGUCAUCUUUGUGUUUCAUUAGAACAGUACCAAACAAAAGUCCCAACAUCAUCUUCUUGGCCAAUGCAGAUUCAUGAUUGGUAUCACUGAAUAUCACAUUCACACUCCAUGAUUGCUUGUCUUUAGCCCACUGUUCAGGUUUUACCUUGUGUUUUUUUCUAUUUAGACGUUAAUGCUGGUUUUUGUUUGGCUUUUCUAUAUGUAAAUCCAAUUUCAUUUAGUUGAUAUCUUACAGUUCUGGCACAAACAGUGACUGCUAUUUCUACCCAUUUGUUUUUCAGUUGUUUUGUUGGGCAUUUUAUAUUUUCAAGGCACAUUGCUUUGAGUUUUCUAUCUUGAUGCUUGCUGUCUUCCUUGGUUUAUCCGUAUGUUUUCCUUUUGUAACCUUCCCAUAUUGUUUAUACAGUGCCCUCCACUAAUAUUGGCUUUCUGUUUCUUUCAAGUCAGGGGACUUGGAUGACCAAAGCAGGACCUUGAUUUUGUGGUCAGUAAACCAUUUUUGUGUUCAUUUUGAUGCAUGUUUUGGAUCAUUGUCCUGCUGGAAGAUCCAACCAUGGCCCAUUUUAAGCUUUCUGGCAGAGGCAGUCAGGUUUUCAUUUAAUAGCUGCUGAUAUUUAACCAUGAUCCCACAUAUCCUAACAAAAUG